AUGGUCAGAGCACCAGAGCCUGACAAGAUUCCCAUCAACUCGCCCCACGACCUCAGCGUCGAGGUCGACGCCCUCGUCACCGCCCUACAGCUCGUCGAGACCGAGGACACAUGGGAGAAGAUCAACCGCGCCGUCAAGCGCUUCCAGGCCGCAGUCCGAGGCGGCGCCUGCCGCUUUACCGACGACUUUGUCCACCACCUGCGCGACCCGCGCGUCGUAAAGGGCCUCGUCCGCUCCCUCGUCACCGAGCGCACCGCCCUCAGCGGCACCGCCCUCGAGCUCGUCGCGUCGUGCACCCGCCUCGGCCACCACUUUGCCGCCCUCGUGUCGCUCUACGUCCCGACCCUCCUGCGCCUCUUUGCCCGCCCCAACAAGGUCUACGUCACCAGGUCGGCCUCGUGCGUCGCGAGCAUCAUCCGCAACACGCGCAUCGCCGACGUCGUCCGCCUCAUCGCCCUCGAGUGGCGCAACGAGCCGGGCAAGAGCGCCACCUUCCGCGAGCAGGCGGCCGCCGCCCUCGCCAUCGCCCUCGGCGCAGACGGCGACACGCUCGGCGUCGACAAGGACGGCCUCGAGCGCCGCAUCGACGACCUCGAGUGGCUCAUCAAGACGGGCGCGACGGGCAGGGAGGCGACCGUCCGCUCCGAGAUGAAGAAGUGCUGGGAGGUCUACAAGCGCGAGUGGCCAGACCGGGUCGCCUCGUUCACCGCGCCCAUGACGCCGACGAUCCGCAAGUACCUCAAGGUGACCGACGCCAUGCCGGGCGCGACCUCGCACGGCGCCGUCUCGCGCCCACCACCCCGCAAGCCUGCGCCUGCGCUCGGCGCCUCGGCCGGCCCCGCCUCGCACCACGCCCCGACCCGGCCAACCGCGCCCGCCCUCUCCAAGUCGCACGGCCCGCCCUCGAUGGCCGCGUCGCACGGACCAUCCCGCUCGACCGUGUCGCACUCGACGAGCGCCGCCGCACCGCGCUCGCACGCCCUCGCCGCCUCGACCGCGACCUCGACCUCGACCGCCGACUCGCUCGGGCACGGCCCGGCGCCCUCGCUGCGCGCCGCGCGCGUCGACCACUCGCGCUCGGCGAGCGCGUCGACCAUGCCCUCGACGUCGCGGUCGACCUCGCGCUGCGACGAGCGCGACCCGCUCGCGGCGUCGACGAGCUCGGCCCGCUCGGGCGCAGCCGUUGUUGGCGCGCCCGCACGCUCGGGCUUCAAGCCUACGGCGCCGGGCGCGUCCGCAGCGACGGCGACGGCGGGCGCGACGGCGGGCGCGGGCAAGUCGGGCCAGCUCGGCGGCGCAUCGCGGCCAGCCAUUCGCUCGGUGCCGUCCACGUCGUCGACGACGAGCGCGGCGGUCGAGCCUCGCAAGGCGCGCAGGGUUGCGCCGCCCGUCGCCGCCCCGUCGGCUGCGGCAGAGCCUGCCGCUGCCUCUGCGCCGACCGCGCGAGCGCAGACGCUCGCUCGCUCGACCGGGCCGGGCGGCACCUCGGCGGCGCCGCUCGCCGGCUCGACGACGGCGACGCAGCACAAGCCCUUCCGCCCCAAGCUCAACGCGUCCGUCGCGGCCGCUGCCACGCCCCUCGCGACGAGCGCCAAGCCCCGCCCCGCUCGCGCGCCGGCGCCUCCUCCUCCCGCCGUCCCGACCAGCUCGGCCCUCUCCGCCUCGACCUCGACUUCCGCACCCGCACCUGCACCGGCACCCACCGCAGCACCUCUCGCCGCACCUCGCCCACCGCGCGCAGCCGCAGCCGCGACCGCCGGCACGGCCUCGUCGCGCGCGGCCGCCGCCGGCGCCGCCCGCACGGCUCCGAGCGCAGCGACGCUCGCGUCCCGGGAGCGCCGUGCCGCGCGCGAGGCGGCGAGGGCGGCGGGGGCCGACGAGGAGUCUGUCAAGGCCGAGGCUGCUGCCGCCGCCGCGGAGGAGGAGAAGGACAAGGAGGAGCGGCGCCGCGCGAGGGAGCACGAGCGCGAGGAGGAGGAGCGGCAGCGUGUGCGGGCCGAGGAGGCGAGCCGCGUUGCCGUCGAGCGCGAGGAGCGCGAGCGGGCCGAGCGGGAGCAGGAGCGCGCGAGGGCCGUACCGCUCCCGCUCGAGGAGGACGUCCAGGAGGCAGCCGAGGAGCGGCUCGCAGCGGCGCCGAUCGAGGUCGCGCAGCGCGCGCAGGACGUGGAGGACGUCGUCGCCGCCGCCGCCGCCGAGAUGGACGUCGAGGAGGAGCGCGGCAUGCACAGCGAGAUGGUGCUCGCCGAGUCGCAGGCGACCGACGCCGGCGACGUGGGCGCUCCCGACGUCUCGCCCGACGUCGAGCAGUCGGAGCCCAUCGUCGAGCGCGCUGUCGAGCAGGUCGAGCGCGCCGACACGCCGGCGCAGCAAGCCGUCGAUGUCGAGUCGUCCGUCGUCGAGGACGAGGAGCCUGCGUCGCUGCUCAACAUCAUCGAGGCCGAGCCUGCCGAUGACUCGCUUGUCGUCGAGGGUGCGCCGGCGCCGGAUGAGGUCGCGCACGAGGACGAGCUGUCGUCGCCGGUCGUCGCCGUCGCCCAGGACGACGAGCCCGCUCACGUCGGCAGCCCGCCGGCGCUCGUCGCUGUCGUGCCGUCUCACGACAGCGUCGACGAUGCAGCCGCAGCGGACGAGCACUCGGCGGCUCGUCCCGCAGUCGAGCAGUCACCCGUGUCGGCGCCAUCGCCCGUCCGCGCUCGCGCCCCGUCGUACGACGCGCUCCCGCCGUCGCCGCUCCUUGCGAGCGCCUCGGUCCAGCACAACGACGAGGUGAGCGAGAACGAGGUCAGCUCGGCCCUCGGCAACAGCGCCGAGUCGCCGUCGUCCCGCCACGCUCGCACGCCCUCAUCCGCGAGCGCCCGCACGCCUCGGCCCGACGCCACGCAGCCUGCGCUCGUGCCCGCCUUUGCGACCGACUCGGCACCUCGCACGCCCUUCCUCGCCUCUUCUCCCGCCCCAACCUCGACCCCUGCACCCGUCACCCGCCCUGCGCUCCCUCCCACGCCCGCGACCGCCACCCCUGCCCGCCCCUCGGUCCGCUUCCCGGCCUCGACCCUCCAGUACUCGCCCGAGCCGUGGCAGACGGCGUCCAUCAUGCUCGACACGCCGCCGAGGCUCGACGACCUGCCCGGCGUCGUUCGGCUUCCAGGCGCACGAGUCGCGCUGCCUGGCGUCGCCCCGCCGGUCGCCGAGCACGAGGAGAGCGACGACGGCGACGAUGUCGGCGAGGACGCUGUGCUCCCGGCGUCGCCGCUCGCUCGCAAGGUCGCGUCGCCGUCGCCGGCGCCGAGGUCCGAGCGCCCGCAGGCCGUCUUCCUCGACGACUACCAGCCGGCGUCGCCGCACGACGACGUCGACACGACGUUCGAGGCGGACGAGUCGCUCGACAGCGUCGACGCCGACGCGUCGGAGGAGGAGAAGCAGGAGGAGGACGGCGGCGACGAAACUUCGCUCGCCGGUACCGAGCGCGCCGCCGAGCCGUCCCCGGCCGCGUCCAGCGACGCCCGCAGCGCGAGCUACGAGUCGUCGCGCCUGUACUUCAUCCCGCUCCACGACGCGAGCGCGUUCGACGACACGGUGCGCACGCGCUCGCCGUCGCCGGCCGCCGAGGACGAUGGCGAGACCGAGUACGACGACAGCAGCGUCGACGAGGCGCAGGCGUCGGCCGAGACGACGCGCAUGGGUCGUUCGCCUGAGCGCGGCGUUGCCGAGGAGCCGGUUGAGGAGGUCGCCGCCUCGACGAGCAGCAGCACCGCCAUCGCGACCACCGGCGCCGAGGCCGAGGCCGAGGACCCCUUCCGCGCCUCGCCCGCCUCUCCCGACAACUCGUCGACGACGCAAGACUUCUCCUUCUUCGGCGCACCCGUCUCGAGCACGCCCUCGUCGCGCUCGGGCGCCCUCGCCGCCCCGAACCCGUGGGACAUGUCGCUCCUCGGCGACGAGAGCGCGUGCUUCGAGCUCGAGCGCACCCAGCUGCGGUUCCACGACGAGACCGAGUCGGAGCACGAGGCGUCGUCGAUGGCGGGCACGGCGCUCGCGCUCGCCGACGUCGAGGUCGACGUCGAGCCACGUGGCGCCGUGAGGAGCGCGACGCCGCCGGGCGUGCUGCAGCGGUCGCUCCGCAACCGAGUCGUCACGGUCGACCUGCAGACGCCCGCCGCAGCCAGCAAGCCGCUCACGCGCAGCACGCGCUCGGCGGCGAGGGGCGUCCUCGGCGAGCUGCAGUACUGA